GCACAGAGAUCUGUAAGGUUGACCCCGCUGGAUUCAAAGCUUGGACUUGUUGUUAAAUUUUGUGUUGAGUGUACUUAUGUCGGACAGAGACACUGCAUCAUUGCUCAAAUUCACUGAGAAUGUGCUUCAAGAUUAUCGCAGUCUUAUUUCAGAAACAAAGCGGCGAUUUGUUCCUAUUAAAGAAGCAACUGAAUCACAAAUUCCUAAAUUAAGAGCUAUCAUAAACAGUGAUACUGAACUCCGAGAAGCCUUACAGGGAUCGUGCAGUUCUCUAAUCUCCCCAUUUUUAAGUGGUUGCCUUUCAAAAAACCAGAAAAUAAUAGUAUUGUGUUUAACAGCACUUCAGCGUUUCAUCAAUCAGAAGUGUUUGUCAGAGGAUGCUUCUGAAGCUGUCGUUAAUACACUUUGGCAGCUUGCAGAGUCGAAUGUAGAGGAAUUACGCAUACUCCAGACGACCAUAUUGCUUCUUACAGGCUCAUCCUUAAUACGUGGACCUCAACUUGCAAAAGCCUUCACCAUAUGUUUGAAGCUUCAUCUUUCAAAGUCACCGGCCACUGUAAACACAGCAGCAGCAGCUGUUCGCCAAUGUGCGAGUGCUAUUUUUGAUCGUGUGUUCAAGGAAGAGCUGAUCAUACAACCUACGGAUUCAAGUAAACAAAAAGCUGCAUCUGGAAUCGACGACAUGCUUCCUGUUAAUCCUCUGGACUUAAAGUCCUCUGAAAGGGAUGCCUAUAUGCUUUUUCAGGAUAUUUGCUUACUGAUAAGUGACGAUACGUGUAUUUGGUUAUAUGGCACAAUGCAGAUUAAUAAAGUUCUGGGUCUGGAGCUAGUUGAAUCGCUUAUCUUUUCCUAUCCUAGUUUAUUUUGUCAGCAUCCUGCUUUUGCGUAUUUACUGAAAACGAAUUUAUGCCCGCUGGUGAUAAAAUUAUUUUCUCCAAGUUUAAAAUUACACUUAACUCCGUUGGCUACAUCUGGUGGUGGUGGUGGGAUAACAGAUGUUGCCUCAGCUGCGUUUGCUGCUGCAACGGCUGCACUAACUAGUGUCAGUGGAGUAGCAUCGUCGUUGUCAUCAUUGUCAUCACCGUCUGGUGUUUCAAAUGACAUGAUGAAUAGUGAUAAACCGAAUUUCGCACUGUUUGUUCGUUUGAAACGUUUGGUGAUUGUCAUCGUCAAUCAUUACUUUCAUCUUUUGAAUACAGAAUGUGAAAUCUAUCUCUCGUUGCUUAUACGAUUUUUGGAUGUGAAUAAGUUAUUAUGGCAACGUGCAUUGGCAUUAGAGGUUCUAUUUAAAAUUGUGGAACAACCUGAAUUAGUUAAGCAUAUUUGUAUUUCAUACGAUAUGAGGCAGCAUGCAACGAAAAUUUUUCAUGAGCUUUUAAAUGCUUUCGGACAGUACAUACAAACAUCUUUAGCCAACCCAUGUCCAGGUGAUGAAUUAUCUAAAGAUAACGCUAAUCAGACCGCGAAUCAAACAGUUCAUGUUGGAGGUAUCAAUCAAUCCAUGUUGUAUUAUAAAGGGAGUUAUUUUCCAAUCAAUUUACAAUCAAAAGGAAUGCUUCUUGAGAUGCUUGAUCGCAAUGAACCACCAAUUUUACCUGAUGGUUAUUGUCUUUCAUUGGCUUUAUUAUGUCUACGUAAAACAGUGGAUUCAUUAAAGGUCAUCAUCAUUGCUAAUGUUCCUGAAAUCAUUAAUCAUAGUGACGAUGACAGUAUUAAUAAGAAGGAUAAUACUUCGAAAAAACAUGAUAUUAUGUUUUGCGAACAAAUUGUAUCUAAUUCAUGGUGCGGCAUAUUAUCCACACUCAGUUUAUUAUUUGAAUCAAGUGCUGAUCAUCACAUAACAUCAGGUCUUCUUCAGUCUUUGCAAAUUAUGAUUGAAUUAAGUGGGAAGUUACAUUUGGAUGAAUCUCGAGAUGCUUUCUCUAUAACAUUGUGUAGAGCUGCACUGCCAUCUUCAUUUGGACGUUCUUUAUUGGCAACUCAUUCUAAAAAUCAUUCACUAAUAUCUCAGUUAUCUCCUAAUUUCAAUAGUGCAAAUAAUCAUGAUGAUAUAUUUGAACGUAGUGGAAUUGCUUUAGUGAUUUCUCAAGGCCCUGGUCAUACAGUUCAUAUUAAUCCACCCACAAAUGUCCCAUCUAUUCUUCAAAACAUGUCAAACCAGACUACACCCACUGGAAAUGUACAAAGUGGUUCCGGAUCCGCUGGAAAUACAGAUUCUUUGUUAUCUGGAAAUAUACUACUUACUGUUAAACAUUUACAAGCAGCUUCUGCUGUUUUAACAACUGCUCUUGCACAUGGUGAUGUCUUAGAUUCAUCAUGGAUUAUAUUUCUAACUACAAUGCAGCAUUUAGUUUGGAUGUUGAACUUGAAAAUUGAACCAUCGGCUAAAUUAUUUUUCAAACCUGUUCAAGAAUCAUGCACAGCAACAAAGGAAAGUGUCAAUUCAUCAAAUGAUACAAUGAAUGAAAAUGCUGAUUCUGGAACUGCCAGUACUAAUACUGCUACUACUAUUACGACUAACAAUAAUAGUCAAGUUUCGACACAACAGAUCUCUAUGACAACACUUUUCUCGGUGACAUCUGAAUUAACAUCAUUAUCAUCAUUGCUUACACAAAUUUUUGUUCAGUCCAGCGAGUUGAGUGUAGAUGCUCUACACAAUUUUAUCUCAGCACUUUGUCGUCUUUCAGCAGAUGCAUUAGAAGCAGUGAAAAAUAAUCGAGAACCAAGUCAGUUUCCUAUUGCUAAACUAACAGAGAUUGGAUUAGUUAACGUGCAUCGAUUGGAUUUAUGGUGGAAAGUUAUAUCAAAUCAACUACUUACUGUGUGUAAUUGCACUUAUGCCACUCUUCGUCAGCUAUCUUCAAGCUGUUUGACCAGUUUAAUCAGACAAGCAAUUGCUGCUCCACAGAAUCCUCCUUUUUGGCAAAAUGAAGCACUAAAUAUUCAAGUACUCGAUCCAUUAACGGCUUUAUCCGAUCAUAUUAUAUAUGAUGAUGUACGAGAAGAACAGUUAAAAUGUGUACAACAAUUAUUACACUGUUGGGGUGAACAAGUACAAUACAGUUGGCUUAGAUUAAUUAAAAUUAUUGGAGUGAUAAGAGAAAGCUACAAAAUAGAUUUGAUUCAGACAUCAUUUAAAUGCUUCAAAUUGAUUGUUACAGAUUAUUUAUCUACUUUACCGUCGAACUGUUAUUUAGCAUGUGUUGAAACUGCAGCAAGUUUUGGACAUCAAAAACAAGACUUAAAUAUUGCUUUAUCAGCUAUAGGAUCCUUACUUCAUUUAGCCGAUUUUUUUAUGGAACAAAAAAAUAUUCCACUUGUAGUAUCAGAUUCAAUCAAUUCUUCAAUCGAUUUAAAAGAAUUAUGGAUAAGUGUAUUUCAUAAAUUGGCUGAUUUGUGCUUAGAUCGUAGACCAGCAGUUCGAAAAUCUGCAUGUCAAACAUUAUUUAAUACAAUUGAAUGUCAUAGUGAACAAUUUGAUGAAGAUACGUGGUCUACAUUACUAUGGAAAAUAUUGUUUCCUUUGUUAUCGAAGGUGCAUAAUUUAUAUCAAAGUGCACCUGUUGAAAAGGUUGGCGAUAAACCAAAUAGUUUAUUAAUUCAUCAUAGUCGUGAUACUGCAGCUAAACAAUGGGCUGAAACAGUUGUAUUAACUUUAACUGGUGUAUCACAUUGUUUUAUAUCGAAACAAUCUCAUUUGUUAACACUUAGUGAUUUUACAAAAUGUUGGCAGAUAUUACUUGAUCAUUUGAAAGUGACUGCUUAUAUGGAUAGUGGAGAAAUUUCAUUAGCUUCAAUAAACUGUAUGCAAAUUUUACUUGAUAUACAACUCCCUCCUUAUUCUACACCAUCCUCACCUUCAUCCACAACACCAUUGCCAACAUCAAAAUUGAUUUGGUCUGCCUAUUGGGAAACUUGGUUACGAAUUGGAAAACGAGCGAUAGCGUUUGCUCAGUCUAAUAACAGUAAUAACUCUAUUCCACUUACUACAAAUUUAUCUGUAAACCCUUCUGAAUCUCAAUAUAUUAGUGACAACUGUACUAGUAAUAUAACGAUUAAUGAAAAUGGUGAAAAGGUUUUUUAUCCUCCAUUUGUAUACUUGCCAAGUAUAUCGUUUAUCACAUCAUACUUUGAUUUAUUCAUACCAAUAUUUAAUUAUAUUAAAGAAGAUUUUCAUUUGGAAGAUUUCGAUCGAUUAGCUGAAUUAUUACAAAUUGGUGUAUUAAUUCCAUUAUAUAUUAAUUAUUUAUUUCCAACUGUUUCAACUACAACUAUGAUGACUACACUAUUAUCAACAACACCUUCAAUGAUAAUUGAUGAUGGUGCAUUGAAUUCAUUACAAGAGGCUGUAUUACGUUGUUUAAAUUGUCUUGUACAGAACUUUGGUUCUGAUCAAAAUAAGGACGAAAAUAACAAUAAUAAUAAUAUUAGCAAUAUAACUAACAAUCGUUCCUCUUCAAUACUUCCACGUGUAUUACAAUUACUGCUGACUAUAGCUGGUUAUGCUAUUCGAAUUCCUAAACCACAUCACUCGGACAAUCAUCGACUUGAUGUUGUUCCGCUAAAUUAUAUUGUAUUUGCUGAAAAAUCUUUAUUAAUCGCUGUGGAUUUAUAUCAAACAACUGUUACAUGGCCUGAAAUGUGCAGUGUUGAAAUACUUGACUCAAUAAUCAAAACAUUGCAUCAACCAAUGGCUUUGAAAUAUGCUUGUCCAUCACAGACUACCUGGUUACUUGCAUGUCGUUGCUUUUUUCAAGUGAUUACUGCUGGUAUUAUUGUAUUAUCAAACAAACCAAUGAAUAUGUCCAAAACUUAUAAUUUCAAUAAAAAAGAUUCUAUUCCCAGCAGCGGUGGUGUGAUAUCUUCAAAUCAUGAUCUAUGCAAACAUAUUGUGGAUGCUAUUCAAGAUUUUCUUUUUUGUCAAAAUCAACCACCAUCAUCUUUAUCAACUGAAGAGUUCCAGCUACACGAAGAAUUAGAUUGUAAGGUUAGUUAUUUGUAUGAAUAUUUUAUGUUUUUGCUUUCAUUAAAACAAGUUUUUUACUUUAGGAGUUUUUGUUGUGUUCUUAUGCCUCGUUUAUUAUCACGUGAUAUGGUCGCUAAUUGGAACACCCACCUAUUUGACCUUGGCACUUUGCCAAACCAAUGACACGUUAACCAAAAACAACAGUCUGGAGUCAACUAUGAGAUUCUGAUUAGUCACCCAGUAUAGUAGCUUCUCGUGUCGCCCUACUCAUUGAGUCUAGAACACAUUCUCAGCUUCCUCUGUAUCAAUCAUGUAUUUCAGUCAUGCGUUGUUUGUAUACAAACAAAUCAAACCACAUCAUACCAUAAAAUAGAAAAAAAAACAAUUAUACAAGAUCAAGUGUCUGUGAGUUUGGGAGACUGUAUCUGAUAAAUUGGGAAUAACUUAAGAAUAUUAAAUUUUGUCAUAUUGGUCAAUAAGUCAAAUAAAAGCUUAUGAUAAAAGAAAUAUAAAUACAUUUAAUCUAGUUACUUAAGAAUUAUACAAUAAGAAUAAAUAUAUAGCAGUUUAUGAAUAGUUCCCCAUAAUUUAAUUUUCGUUAGGAUAUAACACCUCCCUCUUUUUUUAAGAUCUGAAGCUUAGAUCCUGGUGAAAAAAUAUAUAAUUAACUUUGAAUUUCCGAUAUUAUUCUCCACCACGAAAUAAUGUCGGAUCCGCAUAUCCUUAAGUUACUAGUGACUUCAUUUAAAACAUACUUCUCACAUUGAUUAGAGAAUCCAAGAAAAAUUACUACAUGGUGAGAAUAAACAUUAUUUGGUGUCAGGUCACCGGGAGUUAGUUCUUCUGAAAUAUUUUUCCCAAAUUUAUUAACAAUCUUGUUGGAGAAUAGUGGGUCAUUAGAAAAAUCGGCGUCUAUCAAAACUACAUCGAAUUUCGACAUACUCUUAUAAGAAUUCUUGUCAAAAAUAUGUGAAUCAUUAGGAUAACCUUUUCCUGGUAAAACAAUUUGAAAAAUCUGAUAAGAAAUUGAUUCAACAGUUGCUUUAUCUUACAAUGAUUUUGAGUUUCAUUGGAUACACUUGUAUUCAUUGUGUCGCUCCAAAUAUUUUCUGAAUAUCAGUACCUCCAGCUAUUUGGACAAAUAUUACGUGAAUCAUAAGUUUGUUUUGGCUUGAGUUUAGUUUCAAAAUCAUACAGGGCUAAUAAACUUUCAUUUAAAAAAUCUGUAUUUUUGGUUAUCCGGUACUGCCUUAAUGUCAUGUGCAUGUAACAAGAUAUCGUUUUUUUGUGAGCUAGACAAUUUGCUAAUUCUGCACUUUGCUUCGGGCAUAUUUGGGUCUGAAUCCAGCACGGAGCAUAUUUCUGAAACGGUCAUUACUGGACUACUCGGAGGAUCAUGUAUGACUGCCACUGUUUUGUUUGCAUUACUGCUUGUCAAAGACUGAUGUAGCUAUUUACUGACACAUUCAUUCAUUCAAUUACCAUUUUCCACUUGUGUACACACUUUGGAAAUUAAUUCAUCAAUUUCUGUCACAUCUUCAAAACAUGUAUGAUUCAACAGCCCCAUGCAUAGUUUCUCUAUAGAUUUCACAUGGUUCUUUUUCAACAUUAUUAUUUUCAAUAUAAUGUUAACAAAAUCUUGUCAAUCAAUCGGUACACCAAACAGGUUGUUCCUAUGAGCCAUUUGAACAGAUAAAAAACAACAAACUGUGCUACGUAAUGUAAAUUCAUGAUAUUUCUCAUCAUUUACAAAUAGUCUAAAAUUACAAUGGGCAAUAUAAUUUUGAAAAGUUAUUUUACAUAAUUGAUUUGGUAGGAUUGAAAUGAAUGUUCAGUGUCGAACAGAAAAUCAUCACGUAGAAAAAAUAGAACACAAGAUAAUAUGAUUAAAUCAUAGUUAGUGUCAAUGCCUAUUGUAUGUUGAAAAAAAAUAUUAUAGAUUAUAGGAGGUGAUUUUAUAGUUAAUAAUCGUAGUGAUGAAAACAGAUAUUAUGUAAUCGUAAAAUUGUAGAAUUUAUUUAAGUAUUGUGAUAUCUCAAGGGAAGCAAGCGGUAUACCACAUACUAGAAUCUCUUAUUUUCAAAGAAUCUAUUAUGUUUGAAGACCAACAUUAUGUGAAAAACUGAGUUAUUAUAUAUCUCUCGGAAAGGAAAGGCUUUUGACAAUCUAAAGCCAUCACUAUCUAUUCUCUCAGUUUACUAACUAAAACUUACAUGAAUAGUUCGAAAAGCCAACAUGUAUUCCGGACUCAUCUCAAACAAAAGCUGGGUAAUUCAAAUUCAUUUCAUUACUUGUUCUAAAUAAGUACUUGCUUACGCCCGUUAACCCUCAUGAAGGAACAUAGGCCGCCCACCAGCAUUCUC